AUGGGGCUGGAGUUAAAAGACAUUACAUUACGAGAGUCCCCUGGUUGCCCCAUGUUCCCCGAGGAACCUGGCAUCAACUACGAGACAUCAAUGGACGAGGCUGUCGUCAAGUUCACCUGUGGCGAGGGCCUGGUGCGUCACGGUCCCGAGUGGGUCUACUGUGACGGCAGGCUCUGGGAUAUGGCACCACCGGAAUGCAAACCAAGCGAUGAACUGGGAUGUGACUUUGAGAAGAGCUUGUGUGGGUGGAGCGAUGAUACCACGGACGAUUUUGAUUGGAUAAGAAACAGUGGUGAAACGGUGACCGGGGAUACAGGACCAAUGGUUGACCACACCACAAACACGGCCAACGGGUACUACAUCUACACCGAGUCAUCAACACCACAACAGAAGGGAGAUAAGGCGAGGCUGAUGUCACCAAAGAUCAAACAAGGCAGAGAGAUAGACAUGUGUCUCGUGUUUUUCUAUCAUAUGCAAGGACAUGAUGGUCCUGAUGGCAUGGGUCAGCUCGAGGUAUUCGCGAUGCCAGAAUCAGCUUCCAGCAAAAAACUGACCAAUCAGUUUUCUUUGUUCCGCGUGGAAGGUAACCAAGGUGACAACUGGAUCCAGGCGGUCGUGCCCAUCCCUACACAGACGCAGGCGUUUCAGCUUGUUUUUCAAGUAACGAUCUACGGAUGGACCAGCGACAUUGCAUUGGAUGAUAUUGACGUGAUGAACUGUACAGAAGUGAGCAGAGAAACACCUCCACCUAAAGUGACAACUCAAAGACCAGCUAAUGCGCCAAUCCUGAGCACAACAACCACUGUGACAAAGAGCACCAAAGCGCCAAGAAAAACAGCCCCUACUACACAGAAAUCCACCAUUACCAGGGUUACCAAAACAACCAGGGCUACGCCUAAAACGUCAGACACUACCACAUCCUCCACCACCACCACCCAAAAACCCACCACAGUCAAAACGACUAAACCGACAAAACCACCAACCACAACCAGAACAACGAAACCAACCACAGCGAAGCCAACUACAACAACAGCGAAAACCACACCUACCCCGAAAACGACGUCUACCUCAACGACAACUACCACAACAACCACUACGAAAACAACAACCACAACCACAACACCAACAACCACAAUAACAACUACAGUUCCAGAAACAACAGAACCCCUCACGAAAUCCACCGUUGAAGAUGCAACAACAACCAAAGAAAAAACGUCACCAUCACCAUCACCCACAACACAACCCACAUCAUCUUUACCAACCAAACCAGCUACAGCUACGGAAGAACCUGAAACAGACCUCACCACAGAUCUACCAGAUACUACAGCAGCAUUCGAUCCAACCGACAUCGACACAACGGAUCCUCUCACUAACGACACCGACGAAUACGACGAAGAUAAAUCCACCUCAUCUCCUGACUACGAGAAUCCCGACAUCAUUUCUUCAUCUAACUCCACCCUCCCCAAUAACCCACCUGCUGUCAUCGAUUACGAAACAAACCCCAACGACACCAACGACCUUGAAAGCACCAAAAUCAACAACGACCCCAACUCCGGAGCGGUGAAGGAAGGUCAAACGAGUUCCGGAACCAAGGAGCUACUUCCGUUAAUUGUGGGCGUGGUGGCGGCGGUCGUCAUUGGUGGUAUCGUAAUCGCUGUGUUGACUUACAUGUGGGCGAGGAAUCAACGCCGGAAAAAUCAGAAGGAAGAGGACGAUCAGAUGAACAUCAUAACAGAAUACGUUGAAACCAACCUGAACAGUUAGAAGAGUAAAAAUGUGGAAAUUUGUUGCUUGAUCGUUUAAGUAGUUUCGUGUUAAUGGAAGUCUAUGGAUACUUUCAAUUUUAAAUGUAUAUAUAUGUAUAUAUAUAUAUAUAUAUAUAUAUAUAUAUAUAUAUAUAUAUAUAUAUAUAUAUAUAUAUAUAUAUAUAUAAGGAGUAUUACGAGUGUGAUUAAACGUGGGAAAGGAUAUUUUUAAGAGUGAAUGAAUAUGCCUAUUUUCAAUGUCAUUAACUGCUUUUUAUUGUUUUUGCUCAAAAUAAUGCGCCUCAUAUGUAUGCAAUGUAACUGUAUGACUUAUUGUUUAUUUCUUAAUGUACAAGAAAUCUUUAAAUGCGUAACAAAAUGGCACUUAAAUUAAAUAAAAAUAUAAUUUUUCUUUAUACAUUUUUUAUCUUUCUGUUAGAAAAUUAUAGAAACGUUUCUUUCUUACACUUUAUAUUUAUCAUUAAUAUUCAAACAAUAAAAAAUACAUUUACGUUUCUUUAACAUGAAUAAGAAACAUGUCAUUUUGUAUUAUGCGAUUAGCUAAAAUUGUACACAAAAAAGCUAAUUGUUUGUUAAAAAUCGGCUUUACAUGUUAAAAUGCUCAAAAACAGUUUGAAAUAAUGUAGCCUAUACCAUAAGUUUAAAUAAAUUGAAUUUUUUAAAUAUAUAUUUUGUCACAUUUUAUGAUUAUUGAUGUAUUUGUUUUUGCCAGUAAUAAAAAAAACCAUAAACAAUUGACUUUUUUCUAAUUUCUUUAUCAUAUGCAGUAGUUAUUUCUGCAUUGGCACCAAAUAAAACAGUUUCAGCCAUUUAAUGCAUUGUGUUGGAAAUUGUUGAUCUGAAUAUAUAAUCAAAUAGCUAUUUAAAUGGGUGGGGAAAUCUCAUAUUUUUUGUGAUUUA